CCCCUCCCUGGCAGGUGCCCCAGAGCCAUGGAGAGUCUGAGUGAACUACAGAACCCCCUGCUGCCUAGGCGCCCUGCCCACCUCCACCGCCCCUAUCCCUGCCCCGAGGCUCCACCCAGCUGGUCCUGCCAGGAGAAGCUCUACUCCUACCUCCUGGGUGGUGCUGCCCCCACACACACCCACCAACUCCUGGACCCAGGCUCCCUGCAGCUGGCUGUGGAGGCCUGGUACCUGCCCAGCUGUCUCCUGGGGAGGGACAAGGUCAAGGAUCCCAGGGUGGGCAGCUGCGAGACCAGCUUCACAGAGGGCAGGGAGCCCCCGGUGGGGCCCACAGAGCAGUCAACAGAACCCAGCCAAGCCAAAGAGGAUGUCACCAUCCAGACUGUGUCCUAUGGAGUUCAAGAGGAGCUGCAGGGCCCGGAGGACGACCAGGAGGAGGAGGAGAGUGAUGCAACCUGGACAGAGAGUGAAAGCGAAGACAACUUCCUCACGCUGCCCCCCAGGGACCACCUGGGCCUCACUCUCUUCUCCAUGCUCUGCUGCUUCUGGCCACUGGGCAUUGCUGCCUUCUACUUCUCGCAGGGGACCAGCAAGGCCAUCUCCAAGGGGGACUUCCACCUGGCCAGCGCCACCUCCCGCCGGGCCCUCUUCCUGGCCACACUCUCCAUCGCCGUGGGGGCUGGUCUCUAUGUAGCUGUGGUGGUGGCUCUGGCAGCUUACAUGUCCCAGAACGGCCAUGGCUAG